CAGGAGGAAACAGGUUGAAAUGCAAAUAUUUUGUUAAAUUCUGUCUCGGCCAGUGGCCCCGCCACGCCCACGCAGUCCUCGUCGUCGAACGUGGCGUCUAGAAGCAGACGCGACGCAAGCGGUCGCAGAAGAAGUACACCAUCACGGACGACGACGAUGACGAUAUGGCGAGCUACCGCUGGGCGUGAUCUUCAAGCGCGCCGUCUCCUCGGAUAACGAUGGCGGCCUGGGCAAUUAAUUUUUAGUUUAAGUUCAACCAUUACUCUCGGGGAAGAUGCUUACCGAAAUGCUAAUUGCAUAAACAUUUCACUAAACACAAACAAGGGCUCUGACUACUUUGUCUUUCUGCUCUCUACACGCGCCGGUGGCCUGGGCCUCAACCUGCAGACCGCCGAUACUGUAGUGAUCUUUGACUCUGACUGGAACCCGCAUCAGGACCUGCAGGCCCAGGACCGAGCACAUCGUAUCGGACAGCGCAACGAGGUGCGCGUUCUUCGGCUGAUGACCGUGAACUCCGUGGAGGAGCGCAUUCUAGCUGCGGCCAGGUACAAGCUAAACAUGGAUGAGAAGGUUAUCCAGGCCGGUAUGUUCGAUCAGAAGUCGACGGGCAGCGAGCGACAGCAGUUCCUUCAGACGAUCCUGCAUCAGGACGACAACGAGGAGGAGGAGGAGAAUGAGGUGCCCGACGAGGAGAUGAUUAACAUGAUGAUUGCCCGCAGCGAGGAGGAAAUCGAGAUAUUCAAGCGCAUGGAUGUGGAGCGCAAGAAAGAGGACGAGGAGAUCCAUCCGGUCAGGGAGCGACUGAUCGACGAGUCGGAGCUGCCGGAUUGGCUGACCAAGGACGAUGGCGAGGUGGAGCGAUUUCACUAUCAGUACGAUGAAGAUACCAUUUUGGGUCGCGGCUCCCGACAGCGCAAGGAGGUGGACUACACGGACAGCUUGACCGAAAAGGAGUGGCUUAAGGCUAUCGACGAUGGCGCCGAGUUCGAUGAGGAGGAGGAGGAAGAUGACUCUAAGCGGAGCAAGCGACGCAAGCGCAAGAAUCGCAAGGAGGAGUCGGACGACGAUUCGUUGAUAUUGAAGCGUCGCCGACGCCAGAAUCUGGACAAGCGCUCGAAGAAGCAGAUGCACAAGAUCAUGAGCGCCGUGAUCAAGUACACUCAAGACGGACGCACACUUUCCGAGCCCUUCAUGAAGCUGCCCUCGCGCCAGCGGCUGCCCGACUACUACGAGAUCAUCAAGCGUCCGGUGGAUAUUAAGAAGAUCCUCCAGCGCAUCGAGGACUGCAAGUACGCCGAUCUCAAUGAGUUGGAGAAGGACUUUAUGCAGCUGUGCCAGAAUGCCCAGAUCUACAACGAGGAGGCGUCCCUCAUCUACCUGGACUCCAUUGCCUUGCAGAAGAUAUUUGUGGGAGCCAGGCAGCGCGUAACCGCGGCGGCGGAUGCGGCCGCAGUGGCAGCCGGUGAGAACACCGGAGAGGCGCAGGGAAAUGGCGGCGGCGGAGGCUCGGAUAACUCGGACAACGAGGAUGACGGCGAUGGGGGAGAUGACGGCUCAGACGAUGAGGAGAUCGCCACCACCUGUGCGGCGGCUGUCAAAAUGAAGUUGAAACUCAACAAGUCUCUGGCCAGUGCCCCCGCCACGCCCACGCAGUCCUCGUCGUCGAACGUGGGCAGCAGUGGGGCCGCAACCACAUCCAAGAAGCAGACGCGACGCAAGCGGUCGCAGAAGAAGUACACCAUCUCGGACGGCGACGAUGACGAUAUCGACUAGCUACCGCUGGGCGUGAUCUUCAAGCGCGCCGUCUCCUCGGAUAACGAUGGCGGCCUGGGCAAUUGAUUUUUAGUUUAAGUUUAACUAUCACUCUCGGGGAAGAUGCUUACCGAAAUGCUAAGUGCAUAAGCAUUUCACUAAACACCUUCCACCCCUCUAUCCAGCUAUCGCUAUCCAUCAAUCUGUCCUAGUAAUAGGUUCCUCUUAGGUUUCCCUUUUUGAAUGAUUUAAAAACACAAACAUGUUCUCACCCAUUU